CGCCAAAGAGCAUCAGAGAAGCGCUGCUGUCGCGCAGUUUCGCCCCCAAAAAAUAAAGAAACGCUUUUGACACAUGCUUAAUAAUGGACAUCCGGAGGUUUUUUGCAUCUAGCAAACCUGCGGCACCCAAACCUUCAAAUGAAAGCACCAACACUGACGAAGAUCAGAAGAAGAAACAGAAGUCAAAAACUAAGGUCAAAAGUCUCACAUCUGAUGAAAAACCUUCUGGAAAGCGAAAGAAAAGAGUCAUAAUUGAUUCAGACUCUGAAGAAGAGAAAGAGAAGAAGACCAAAAAAAGCGCUAAAGAUUCUGAUUCGGAUGACACAUUAAUGAUUUUGAAAAUGUCCAAACUUAAAGAAAAUGGAACCGCUAAAGGCAAGAAAGAAUUCGAUUCAGGAAAAGCAAAACAAGCGCAAGUUUCUUCCAGGAAAUCCCCAACCAAAUCCCCAAACGCGGUCUCAAAGGGAGCGGCGAAGAUCUCUCAGCCCACCGUCUCCCCAAAGGUGGAGCCACCAAAACACACGCCCACCUCAGUAAUGGCCUUCUUUGGGAGCUCAAGUGUUCAGAGGUCAGAGAAGAAGAUGGUGGCCAGUAGCAGCACUAAGAGGAAGGCACCCACACAGGACACUGAAGAGCCACUCAGUGAUGAAGCCAUUGCUAAACAACUUCAGAUGGAUGAAGACAUGGAGUUGGAAAAGAAGAUCCAUGAUGAUGAGGAAUUUGCGAGAACAUUAGCCAUGCUGGAUGAUGCUCCCUUACCGAAAAAGGCUCGAGUGGACUCCCCAACAAAGAGCAGCACAGUAACCUCAGACACCAAACCCAAAAAAGACCCGUCCCUUAAACAAAGUCCCGUGAAGACCAGCUCCAAACUGGCUCGGAUGAAAAGGCAAGAGGACGAGCAAAGGAAGAAAGACAGGGGUGAAAAACAAAUGAAGAUUUCUCCUAAGAAAGAGCCCAUGUCUCCAACUAGCUCAGAGCGAGCAGCUACGCCCAAAUCAGCAAGCGUUUCCACAGGAGCCACAAAAUCACCUAAAAGUGACGGAGCACCCUUGAAAACCCCACCAGCAAAACCAGAGAAUAAAAGUCCUGAGGACUUAGAGAAAAAACGGGCAAAUUCAUCAGCCUACCGUAACUUUUUGAACAGAGAAGGACCACGAGCACUAGGGUCUAAAGAGAUCCCGCAGGGAGCAGAGAACUGCCUGGAGGGGUGUGUGUUCGUGUUGACCGGUGUGUUAGAGUCUCUGGAGAGGGAUGAUGCCAAGUCACUAAUAGAGCGAUAUGGCGGGAAAGUCACAGGAAACUUCAGCCGUAAAACCACUUACCUUGUUCUGGGACGAGACAGCGGGGCAUCAAAGUCUGAGAAGGCGGAGAGUUUGGGGACUAAGAUCAUAAAUGAAGAUGAGUUGUUGGAGCUCAUAAGAACCAAACCAGGCAAGAAGUCUAAAUAUGAGAUUGCAGCAGAAGCAGAGAAUAAAUCCUUUAAAGCAAGGACUCCAGACUCUAGACACAAACACGCUUCUCCAUCCAAGAAGGCCACUCCAGAAGAGCCCAGCCCCAACAAGAGCAGCCCUUCAAAGGGGAAGUCUAAGCCUGGCUCUGCUGCUAAAUCUGGAACACUUGGCGCCUCUCAUUCAGAGGUCAAAAAGAGUUUGAGCUUUGAUCAAACCAAGAGCGCAUCCCCUGUAUCCCACUCCACCCCUGAGAACGAUGGGAGGAGCCUGUUGUGGGUGGAUAAGUACCGCCCUCGUAGUCUGAAGAACCUGAUUGGCCAGCAAGGAGAUCAGAGCUGUGCCAACAAGCUUCUGCGCUGGUUACAGAACUGGCAUAAACAUCACAGCGGCAUUACAAAAGCACCAUCCAAAUUGGGUAAAUUAGGGAGUAAAGAUGACGGUUCUGGAUUUAAGGCUGCGUUGUUGUCCGGGCCUCCUGGUGUUGGGAAGACCACUACUGCUGCCCUCGUCUGUGAGGAGUUGGGUUUCAGCUACGUGGAGAUGAACGCGAGCUGCACACGCAGUAAGAACAGCUUAAAGGAAGUGAUCGCCGAGUCACUCAACAACACCAGCAUUAAGAACUUCUAUACCGGUGCAUCUCAGACGGUGAGCAGUAAACAUGUCCUCAUAAUGGACGAGGUGGACGGGACGGCAGGAAAUGAAGACAGAGGAGGAAUACAGGAGAUGAUUGGUCUGAUAAAACAGUCAAAGAUUCCCAUCAUCUGCAUGUGCAAUGACCGCAAUCAUCAGAAGAUCCGCUCGCUGGCCAACUACUGCUACGACCUGAGGUUUCAGAGACCCCGCGUCGAGCAGAUCAAGGGGGCUAUGAUGUCUAUAGCUUUCAAAGAGGGUCUGAAAAUCCCACCCCCGGCACUUAAUGAAGUCAUCCUGGCGUCCAAUCAGGAUAUUCGGCAGGUACUGCAUAAUCUAAGCAUGUGGUCAGCUACAGACAAGGUCAUGACCUAUGACCAGGCCAAAGCUGAUGCUAACAAUGCUAGGAAGGACAUGAAGCUGGGUCCAUUUGACGUGUGUCGGAAAGUGUUUGCUUCAGGAGAGGAAACCGCCCACAUGACUUUGACUGACAAAUCAGACCUUUUCUUCCAUGAUUACUCUUUAGCACCAUUAUUUGUUCAGGAAAACUACUUGCAUGUUCGACCAGCCGCUGCACGGGGAAAUCUGAAGAAUCAUUUGGUGUUGUUGAGUAAAACAGCAGACAGUAUUUGCGAUGGAGAUUUAGUGGACAAACAGAUCCGCUCCAGACAGACAUGGUCUCUGCUUCCCACACAGGCGAUUUAUGCGAGUGUUUUGCCGGGGGACCUGAUGCGGGGUUAUAUGAGCCAGUUUCCAACCUUUCCCAGCUGGUUGGGCAAGUUCUCAUCUGCUGGCAAACACAGCCGCAUCAUACAGGAGCUCGCUUCACACAUGAGCCUAAAGACGUUAAGCAGUAAGGAAGCAAUAAAUCUGGAUUACCUGCCGUAUUUGCGCUCCGCAGUAUUAGAGCCUCUUCAGUCGCGGGGUUCGGAGGGAGCCAAUCAGAGCGUGCAGAUCAUAGAUGAUUAUGACCUCAUCAAAGAGGAUGUUGACAACAUGAUGGAGAUCAGCACUUGGGGCGGACAGCCGGAUCCUUACUCUAAACUGGACUCCAAGGUGAAAGCUGCGUUUACAAGAGCCUACAAUAAGGAAUCCCAUCUCACGCCGUACUCUUUACAAGUGGUUAAGAAAAGCCGUAAAGGUGCCGUUGACCCUGAGCUUAUAGGAGAGCUUGACGGUGAAUCUCAGAUCCAGGAAGAGGAAGACGACGAUGGCGUUACCGCAGAUGCAAUGAUAAAGCAGAAAAAAGCCAAACCAGCAAAAGACAUCAAGCAAGAGAAACCAGGGGCUUCUGGGAAGGGGAAAGGCAGGGGUAAAGGAAAGGGAAAAGCAGUGAACUGAGAUAAACACAGAAGCGAACGAGACCUUGUCUAUCUCUCUCUGUUUUCACAAAGAUGUGAGCGGCUGAAUGCCAUCAGCUCUAUAAACAGAUCUUUUCUGUCUGUGAGUCAUACUUGUGCACUUCCUGAAAGCCAUCGCUCACUGCAGGAACCACACAUUUACACACAAGUUAUUAUAUAGUUCACAGUUCAUCAAGUGGAUCAGACUUAACACAUGCAUCAGACUGUUAACACAUGCUGUUAAAGCUAUAUUCAUCUCCGAGGUAAACCGAAUUAAGUGCACUUAAUGUCACUGUACUUGUGACUAACUGCAUGAGCAUUUUAAUAUAUUUGCUUCAGUUGUUCACAGUUAAACACAUGCACAUUCCCUGCUGCUGAACACAUGGAUGAUAACUGUACUUGCUGCAUGUCAGCUAGAGACCUCACGUGAUGUAAAUAUAUGCCAUAUUAGCUUUUUGCUUUGUUAUUUUGAAUACUUCCAGAUAAAUUUAUAUAUAUAUA